UUGUUUUUAGAAAUAAAUGAAUCGAAAUUAAGCAAAAAAAUCAGAUUUAAAAUCAAAAGAUCAAAAUUCAGAUUAAAAAUAAAAAAUCAAGAUUCAAAGUUCCAGAUCUAAGUUUUCAGAAAAACGAAAUUUAAGUUUUGAUGAGCUCAUCGAAAUCAAGAUUCAAAGUUUUCAGCUCAUCGAAAUUUAAGUUUUGAUGAGCUGCUAGUUUUUAUACUUCAAUCAGACAACAUGGACCGGCCGAAGUGGGAAGGGAAGGUAACAGCAAGGCUAGUAAAGGUCUCCGCCGACCAAAUAUGGCCGCUUUUCCAAGACUUCUUUGGCCUAAACAAAUGGUUCCCCGGCCUCUCGAUUUGCAACGGCAUUCACGGGACCAACGGCACGCCCGGCUGCGUCCGUCACUGCACCGGCUUCUCCAUCCCAUCUGCCAACGGCGGCAUCUCUGUCCCUGGCUGGUCCCACGAAAGGCUAACGGCCAUUGAUCCCGUCAAUAAGAGCUUCAGCUAUGAGAUGGUGGACUCUAACAUUGGAUUCAAGUCCUAUGUUUCUACGGUGAAGAUUCUUCCCGACGGCGGCGGCGAGGGCUGCGUGGUAGAGUGGCGGUUCUCGGUGGAUCCAGUGGCGGGGAUGACAUUGGAGGAUCUAGUCAAGAAGUACAAUGUUGGGCUCCAGCUCAUGACGAAAAAGAUGGAGGAGUCUUUUGAGAUUUCAUAGACUUGACUUCUGGUUUGCUGAUUUUGGUUCUGUCAAUUAAACUUCAUUUUGCCUUCUCUGUUCUCACAGAAUUCCUAAUAAAUUGAGUGAAUUAAAAUAUACGUAGAUGUUUAUAAUGGUUUGUGUUAAAGAAAGAGAUUGUUUAUGUUAUAUGUUUGGUACAACAAGCUAAAACGGGAGGUUAAUGUCUGAAAUAUGAUCUAUUGUCUGGAACAGAGAUUAUUGUCUGGAACUGAAUUUGAAAGUGUUGAAUCUGAAUUGCUA